AUGGUUGACACACGGCUUGACAUGCUUGUUGAUCGUUUGGAAGCCGCUCGUAUGAAGCUUUCCAAUCUCAACUUGGCGAGGGAAGAUGGCGCCGCUCUCGACGAUCCAGUGUAUCGUGACCUCAUCGGCGAGCUCAGCAGUGUUCAAAAAGACUAUUUCAAGUUUAUCGAGCAAGACGACCAAGAGAGACUUGCCGUUGCGGAGAUGCAAGUAUCUUAUCAGAAGAAACAAGAAGCGGAAGAGAACCACAAGACUAUACAACUUCUGCGGGAAGAACAGCUCGCACGCGGUAGUUGUGUGCGGGCCGUUGUAGUUUUCAAACCGAGCUCUCCAAACGCGAAUCCAACCCUUCACAUUGAGGACAACAAUACCAUAGCACUGGGAAGCGAAUCAUAUACCUUUGACCGCAUCUUCAAUCCUGGCUUCAAGAUCAAUGACAUAUCGCAAUAUCUGGAACAUACAUGCGGUCCGAGCGGGACCGGGAAAACUCGACUCAUGAUCCGCGGUGAGGAUGAGGGGGUUGCUACAUCUUUGGUGUGCAAUAUGGUCAAUCGUUAUACAUCCAAUGCGAGCAUCAAAUAUCAAGGGACAUGGUCAGCGAAGGGAUCUGUCACUUUGAAAGUAAUCGAGGUGUAUAACAACCGGCUAUCAGACUUCCUCGUACAAACGAUUCCGGGGUCAAAGGAUUCGAAUUCAGGAGUCAAAAUCCUAGGUUCCAGUUUCUACAAAGAUGAGGCUGGAUCUCACCCAAUUACAGAGAGGAAUGUCAAACAACCACAAGAUCUUCAAUCGACGUUGACCGAGAUCAACAAGUUUCGGGCCUCCAAACCGACAAGACAGAACCCUACAGGCUCGUCAAGGUCACAUCUCCUACUCAUAUUCACUUUGAAUCUGGAACAUCGAUCUUCUGGGCUCGUUUUCGUUGAUCUCGCCGGCACCGAAGCAGUUGAUGCAGCGCCGAGUGACGGAAAAGGUCAAUCAAGCGGUCAGGAAUCGAAGAAAAUAAACCAAGAGGGCAGUCAUAUCCGUGACGAUCUGUAUCAAUUACGAGCUGUCAUUCGCACUUUGAACAAGAAAGCACCCUACAACGAUGGGAACAGAAAAUUGUUGGCUGCACUUAAGCCCUAUCUCCAAUCUACUCAUGUCACGUACGUUGUUACUGCGGCUCUCGACGGUCAAGUCAAACCUCUGCAGGAGACGCUUAAGCAUGCCGUAGAAGCCAUGAGAGUGAAAGCCAAGGAGACGUAA